AUGUGGCGUGACCGCAUUUCAGGCCAACCCACUUCCGCCGGAGCCAAUAGUCGCAACCUCUCUCCUUUACCAAGACGAUCAUCCUCCCAGCUUUCCCCGAGUCCUUACAAUAAUCGCCCUGGUCUACCUCCUAGAACUUCAUCAACCUCUCUUCUUGCGACCCCAAACGACUCUACCGCGUCACUACCAGCAACUGCACGUGCGACCAAUGGUUCUCCAUUGAAGCAGACAAGUAUUCAACGACCUCGACCGGCCAAUGUUCCCGAUCCGUUGGAUGUCUUGAACGAAAUCAUCGGAAAGGAAUCUCAGACGGAUAAAAAUGCUCCGCAUCCGUUAUCGGGGCUGGAACGGCCCGCGCAGUUGGUGGAAGCCAUUCAUUUUGACGGGCUGAGUCUAGAGGACUUUCUGGAAAAGGAGGAACCGGCACCUCGGAGAAAGACCCGAGACAACGAUAUCAAUGCACAAACCGUACAUCAAUUUGAGAAAGAGCGAGACAAGUUCCAGGAACUACACACAUCGAUCACCGGUUGUGAUGAGGUUUCCAAGUCAGUUGAGCUGUACUUGAAUGACUUCCAAACCGAACUAGGUGCCGUAUCAGCAGAGAUCGAAACCUUACAAUCUCGCUCAACGCAAUUGAAUGCAAUGCUAGAGAAUAGGCGCAAUGUCGAAAGGUUGCUGGGACCCGCCGUGGAAGAGAUCAGCAUCUCUCCGAAAGCCGUGCGGACAAUUGUCGAGGGUCCAAUUGAUGAGAAUUGGGUGCGUGCCUUGAACGAAAUCGACACUCGGACAACAAACAUCGAAGCGAAAGCGGCUGCCUCCAACAACGGAUUCAAGGCCGUCGAGGAUGUCCGUCCCCUUUUGAUUGAUGUCAAGGACAAAGCCAUUGAAAGGAUCAGAGAUUAUCUAGUAUCGCAAAUCCGUGCAAUGCGAUCCCCAAAUAUCAACUCGCAGAUCAUUCAGCAACAGCGAUUGGUGAGGUUCAAAGAUCUAUACAGCUAUAUUUCGAAAGCCCACCCGAAGCUGGCGGGAGAGAUUUCACAGGCAUACAUUAACACAAUGCGCUGGUAUUAUACAUCGCACUUUACGCGCUAUCUUCAGGCGCUGGAUAAGAUCAAGAUCUAUCCACCUGACCGCAACGAGGUGCUUGGAGGUGAUCCCUCCACACAUCGGACAGGUAAUAUCAUCUCUGGCGGCCGAGCUGGCUCUGUCGCACAUGAUCCUUUUUCUUUGGGUAGACGAAUCGAUAUUCUCCGAACCGGCAAUCUUCAAGCUCUGUCCUCUUACUUGGCCGAAGAAGAUAAUAACUAUCAUGGGAUUGAAGUCCCCUUCCGUAACUUCAACCUUGCAUUGGUAGACAAUGUCUGUGCCGAAUACUCUUUCCUUACAGAAUUUUUCUCCGCGAAAACAUUUCAUCAAAUCUCUCGCAACACUGUGGAAAUCUUCCAGCAGGUGUUCACUCUUGGUCAAACGCUGACAAAAAAGUUAAUCGAACAAACCACGGACUCUUUAGGAGUGCUGAUGUGUGUUCGUCUCAACCAGCAUUCAGCAUUCGAACUCCAGCGCCGCAAGGUCCCAGUCGCCGACUCAUAUGUGAAUGGAACCAACAUGCAAUUAUGGCCACGCUUUCAAGUCAUCAUGGAUCAUCACGGUGACUCGCUGAAGCGCGUUGGGUCCAACACUGGGCGCAGUGCUGUUUCGGCGCUUUCCCUUGCAGGCGGAGAUGACUUGAAGCAGUCAUCGGCUCCACACUUUUUGACCCAGCGAUUUGGACAGCUUCUCCAUGGAAUCCUCGUUCUCAGUAGUGAUGCUGGCGACGACGAGCCGGUUUCCAACAGUUUGGCUCGGUUGACAGCUGAAUUUGAUUCGCUUUUGGCUAAGCUAAGCCGUAAUGGCACGGAUGCAAAGCGAAGAGAGCGCUUCCUCUUCAACAAUUAUUCAUUGAUUUUAACCAUCAUUAGUGAUACCCAAGGCAAAUUAGCGAUUGAGCAGAAGCAGCAUUUGGAUGAGAUGUUAAAAAAUAGCACCAAGCGGUAG